AUGGCUCUACCAAUGACUUGCUGCAUCGUGUGCGCUUUCGUAUCAACGGUAAUUUCCGGCAAGGCGACGAGAUCAGUCGAAUUUUUUCAGCCUCAAAAUUUUCCUCAAACAGGCUAUUACCCGAUUGGCUUGCCUCCAUGGAUGCCUGGACCCGACAUUCCUCCAUCUAUGACUGGAGGCAGUGGAGCAGUGGGCUACUGCUUUAACGGUGCCCCUGCGGUUGCGCGUUGUUUCGAGGACUUGAGUUGUGGACGUAACUUCUACUGCGACAAAACCCAGAGGUUAUGUUGCCCUUCUGGCGAGUUCCAAGAAACUCAGCUAUGUUCGCCUCAGCAACGGAUGAAAUGCUCGGAUGGCAACGACGCCGAUUCGUGCUGCUACAACAACCUAUGUUCCCCCGGCUUCUUGUGCACCAAAGGAAACUUCUGCUGCAAGCAGGGGACAGCUGCAAGUUGUAACUUCGAGUCACUUCCUUUGGGACCAUGUGUACUCGGCGAUCAAUGUCCGACAGACUUUUACUGUUCGCAGAGCAAGUAUUGUUGUAGGUCAAAGUACCCCAUCUGGACUCGCUGA